AUGAACCAAGGGAUCUUGGUGGUAGACUGCCCGUCCACAAAGGAAGAUGUGUCUACCCUCGAGAUACCAUACGACGAAGUCCCUCCUCUUCAAAUUCCAUAUGACUUCUCUCAGUUAACUCUGUCGACAAACCCUGUUACUCCAAUCAUAAUAACAGUUCCCACGCCAUUCCCAUAUGUUGACACCAAGGCAGUCCCAUGGAUGUAUGACACCUCAGUCUACAUUCAUGGUCAGAAGAUUCAAGAAGAAGCGUUAAAGUAUAGUGAUCCAAUGAUCAAUAUCACCGGCACUAGCGGAAUCACGAGAAGUGGAAGGAUAUUUUCACCGACACCCACUCCAAUUGGAACUAUCAAUCCUUCAACUUCAGACAAAGGCAAACAAAUUGAUGGCGCUCAGCAAAGACAAGACCCCGCACCUUCCAAUGAAGUAGAUGAGUUCUUACGCAUUAUCAAGAAGAGCGAUUAUCGAGUAGUUGAUCAGCUUAACCAGACACCCUCGAAGAUCUCAAUGUUGUCUUUAUUAAUGUGCUCGGAGGCCCAUAGGGAUGCUUUGUUUGAAGAAGUAGUUAACAAUAUCGCUACUAGCUUAAGCUUGGGUUUCAGUGAUGAAGAGCUUCUCGCCGAGGGGAGGAAUCAUAACAAGGCUCUCCAUAUUUAUAUUGAGUGUUUGGACACAGUCCUAUCAAGAGUUUUGGUAGACACUGGGUCUUCCCUCAAUGUGAUGCCUAAGAGCUCCUUUGCUAAACUAAAUGUUGAAGGACUCAUAAUAAAGCCGAGUGAGCUUAUAGUAAGAGCAUUUGAUGGGACUAGAAGGAAUGUAAUCGGUGAGGUGAAUUUGCCUAUGAAGAUUGGUCCCCAUAUUUUCCUUAUCACUUUCUUCGUAAUGGAUAUCUAUCCAGCCUACAGUUGUCUGCUUGGGAGGCCUUGGAUCCAUUCAGCUGGUGCAGUCACUUCAACGCUCCACCAAAAUUUGAAAUUCUUAGCUGAUGAUAAACUAGUUGUUGUCAAGGGUGAGGAGGACAUUAUGGUAAGUCACCUCGCAUCUUUCCGAUACGUUGAAGGAGAAGGGGAGAUAAGGGAAAUCCCAUUCCAAUCAUUUGAAGUUAUCAAUAUUGAAAUGGUUUGCCCAGCAAGGGAUGAAUCAAAAGAUGUCGAAUCUCCAAUGGUAUCUCUUAAAGACGCUCUCACAAUCAUAAAAGAUGGACACCCCCAAGGAUGGGGAAGAUUGCUUGAACUUCCUGCCAACAAGGACCGCACCGGUUUAGGAUACAACUCCCAAAAUUUGAAGAAGCCCACGCCGAUAGCUAUAAGGGGAUCAGUGCUCCCGCUAUCUGAAAACUUCUCAAGUGCUGGUUACCUGGAUGACAACCGUACUUGUGCUGUGGAAGAAGAAGAAGAAGAAGAUGAUGGGUUGAUCUUCACAAAGACUGAUGGAAAUGAUGCCAUCAAAUGGACCGAGAUUGAAAUACCUAAAGUGACCUUGAUUGAAAUAUCAUCCUUGACAACCACCAAUGACAAUUCUGCUACAGUCUCAUACGACUUUGACAACCCGAUUAAUCAAGCUGAUGAAGAGUGUGAGGAAGAGGCCGAACUCCCAGAAGAAUUGGAAAGGCUGCUCAAGCAGGAGGAAAAAGUCAUCCAGCCGCACGAAGAAUCAGUGGAAGUGAUUAACCUUGGGACAGAUGAGGAAGCAAAAGAAGUCUGA